AUGAGCCCCGCGGGGGCUCCUGUUCUGACAAGCUCCUCCUUUAGUAACCACAUUCCGUACCGGGUCCCAACAAAUGCAAGAUUCUGGCGUACCAGGAAUCCACGCGAAGACGUUCUCAAGGGAGAAGAAGAGGCUGAAAAUAUAUCAAAAUACGAAGUGGAAGAUUGUGGUGGAGAUGAGGCGAAAUUGAAAGAGGCAUUACAGCAAGGCCAUGAUGAAUGUCAAACCGUAUUAAGCGCUCACUUCGAAUCAGCCAGAUGCAAUGAAAGCAGCUAUGCGGCGGCAGUAGCAAUUGCGGUAAAUCGUAUGCACUUGAAGACGACUAACAAAUGCAGCAACACCACUAGUAUUAAGCCACUAGCCAGACGCAUACCGAAGUGGAGACGAUAUAAAACUGUGAAAUAG